AUGGAGGCUAAAAAUGAAGGGAUUAUAUCAAUCUUCUCGUUCUUGCCCGAGGGUUGCAUAGCAGCUAUCAUAGCUUUGACCUCCCCUAGAGAUGCUUGCAGGGCAUCGAUGGUUUCGAGGGUUUUCAAAUCUGCAUCCGAAUCUGAUUCUGUUUGGGAAAGAUUUCUUCCUUCUGAUUACCAAGAGAUUAUCUCUAAGUCUGUUGUUCCUCUUCCGAAUUAUGCAACCAAAAAAGAUUUGUUCUUUAAUCUCUGCCACUUCCCAAUUCUCAUCGAUGAUGGAAAACUGAGUUUUUGGAUAAGUAAAUUAAGUGGGAAGAAGUGCUAUAUGAUUUGUGCCAGGGAGCUUUCGAUUGCAUGGGGAGAUAAUCCUCAGUAUUGGGGCUGGACAUCUAUGGCUGAAUCAAGGUUCUCGGAGGUGGCUGAGUUGGAACACGUUUGGUGGCUCGAAAUAAAAGGCAAGAUGCAGACUCAAAUGUUGUCCUUGAAGACUACUUAUGCCGCUUACCUUAUCUAUAGAGUUACAAGGCAUUCUUUUGAUCUUGAUGUGGUUCCAAAGGCAUCUGUUCGACUUUCUGAUGCUAUUAGUAGCUCGGCCACUGUCGUUAGCAAUGCUGCCAAUGGCGAGAGAACUACUCAAAACCUCAGUGAGCCUGAGGAUAGCUCAGUCUACUUGGUACAUAAUGUUCCUCGCAGGCGCCCCAACUCAUCAAGAUGGGAGAGGCAAAAUUAUGAAAAUAGGCCGGGCAGAGUUCCACAGCGUAGAGCAGACGGAUGGAUGGAAAUUCUGCUCGGAGAGUUUUUCAAUGAUGAAGGCGAAGGAGAGAUCGAGAUGAAACUUUUAGAAAUUGAAGGGGUUCUCAAGAGAGGGCUGAUUGUGGAGGGUAUUGAGCUCCGGCCUAAGGAAUGA